AAUUAGCAACGAAACACCACCUCCUAGCGGCCACCAGCCGCCUUGCACUUACAGAAACCUUACACUGCGUGUUUCAAACGACACGUCUGUGGCGAUGGAUCGAGAGAUUAGGCCCAACGUUUCCUGCUUCGUCUCCGUUCUCUCUCAUUGGAGCACGCAAACUGGCAACUAGGAAGUUCACCUUCGGGGGAACCAUGCCAGAAUCGUGGUGUGUGUCGGAGCGUUUUUUUUUUUUUUUUUUAGUUUAGCGUCAUUGCCGUUUUUCCGCAGAAAAUGCUACGAAUAGCGUCGCAGCCGUCGGAGCUCCGCCCUCGCGACUGCUGCAUUUCCUCCCAGGGAAGCAUUUGGAGCGCUUUGCGUGUGGGCUGCAUGCGCCGUACAUCCUAUAUCCGCGCAAGGAUUUCAACAGUGGGUCUUUAUGUCGAAGCUAUAACGUCGUGGGUUGUUUCCAAUAUGGAUUAAGAGCUAUUCGGUCGCUUGCACACGGAGCUGCACCAUGUUUCGGACGUUGCGAAGCGGUUUACUCCCCACAGCCCGGUGCUGGGAUGCCGACAGUGAGCGGUCCUACCAGGACCUGUUUGAGAAGCUCGAUGCGAAUAAAGAUGGCAAAGUGGAUGUCGCCGAACUGCGGGCGGGCCUGAAGGCGAUGGGAGUGUUCCGCCAAGGUGCUGCUCAGAAAAUUGUGAUGAGUGGUGAUCAGAAUAAGGACGGCAGUCUGGACUUCCACGAGUUUACCAAGUAUUUGAAGGAGCACGAGAAGAAACUGCGGCUAACGUUUAAGAGUCUGGACAGAAACGACGACGGGCGGAUUGAUGCCACCGAGAUCCAGCAGUCUCUUGCAGAACUGGGCUUGGACAUCAGCAAAGUGGAUGCCCUGAAAAUCCUGCAGAGCAUGGACAUUGAUGGCACUAUGAUGGUUGACUGGAACGAGUGGAGAGAACAUUUCCUAUUUCACCCCGCGCACAACCUGCAGGAGAUCAUCCGCUACUGGAAACACUCUUCGGUGCUGGAUAUCGGCGACAGCCUCGCCAUCCCCGAUGAGUUCACCGAGGAGGAGAAGAGCUCAGGCGGUUGGUGGAAGCAACUGGUCGCAGGCGCGGCGGCGGGCUCCGUCUCUCGCACCGGUACGGCCCCUCUUGAUAGAUUGAAGGUUUUCAUGCAGGUUCACUCCACUAAAACCAACAAAAUAAGUCUGGCAAAAGGUUUCAAGCAGAUGAUCGUCGAGGGAGGUGUAACUUCGCUGUGGAGGGGCAACGGCAUCAACGUUCUCAAGAUCGCACCUGAGACGGCCAUCAAAUUUAUGGCAUAUGAGCAGUUUAAGAAGUUGUUAACGGGUGAAGGUGAAAAAAUUGAGACGCACAAAAGGUUUCUGUCUGGCUCGCUAGCUGGCGCGACUGCACAGACCGCCAUUUACCCCAUGGAGGUAUUAAAGACUAGACUGACACUGAGGAAAAGUGGCCAGUAUUCAGGAAUGUUCGAUUGUGCCAAGACAAUCCUGAAGAAAGAAGGUGUCAAGGCCUUCUACAAGGGCUACAUUCCAAACUUACUUGGCAUUAUUCCCUACGCGGGGAUAGACCUUGCCGUUUAUGAGAGUCUGAAGAACGCGUGGCUAUCGUAUCACACCAAAGAUUCGGCUAACCCAGGUGUUCUUGUGUUGCUGGGAUGCGGGACGAUUUCGAGUACCUGCGGACAGCUGGCCAGCUAUCCGCUUGCCCUCGUCCGCACGCGCAUGCAAGCGAGAGCGUCCCUGAAUGCGUCAGACCAGCCCACCAUGAGUUCCCUUCUCAAGAACAUUGUCAUCAAAGAUGGCUUUUUUGGACUCUACCGAGGUAUCCUGCCCAAUUUUAUGAAAGUCAUUCCAGCCGUCAGCAUCAGCUACGUCGUUUACGAGUACAUGAAGAUUGGUUUGGGAAUCAGUAAAUGACACGGCAAACAAACAAGUGUGGAGACGCACCCUGUUUUCGGCUGAAUGACCUGAGAUGAUGGCUGGCGAAAUGUGGCAUGACUUGCACCAGCUUACACUGGACCUCUGUGGUCAGACAGAUGUACUGUAUUGCACAAAGAAUGGUGUGCUCUUAGCUAAAAGAUGAAUUAUUUAUACUUACAGCAUGCUUCUUUGUCUUCCUGCUGCUGUGAUAGACACUCAAAUGUCCAGCCUUUGCAAACAAUACUUGACUCAAGAGCUGAACUGUAUGCGAAUGCAAACAUAAAACUGUGAAACUACAAAACCAAA